AUGCACAAUCGUAGAGUGAUUGGAAGUCUCACGGACGUGGUCGAGCGGCUCCUCCCCGACGAGGCCCGCCACAGAGCCCACGACGAGCCCGACGUGCAAUGGCGGACCCACAGGGGGCCAGCAGGGGCAUGUGCCCCUGUGAAUGAAACACACCUUAAAGCGCGCGCCGCUCUCAUCGAUUUUUGCUGCGAAAGGGAGGCGGCGGUGGAGGCUGUUGGCGGCUCCGACGGCAUAGCCGAGCACUUCUGCGACGGCCAUGAAGAAGGUGAAGAGUCCGCUCUCGAGCGGGUUUCUACUCUUAUGUUUCUCGGUGAUGAUCAAAUUAAGAUGACGAGUCUGAUGGAAAUCCAUUCUUUAAAAUCAUGUGGACAAAUCGAGGCAUUUGUCUGA